AUGUUGGACGAAAAUCUUCCCACAGCAGCCUUCUACCUCAGUAAUGACAAGAAGAAACAAUCCAACAACGUCCUUUUCACACAGCACGGCAACGAACCCGAACCGGCAUACACAUUACGCCGCCUUGAUCCCUCCGAGCCGUCAUCCCGAAACCGCUAUGCCGUUGCUCUCUACGAUCCUUAUAUCCCCGAUGUGUUGUACGGAGAAGUUCUCAUAAUACCGGAGUGGACGCAGCCAACUCUAUCCGCAGAAGCGAUUCGUCAAAAUGGAGGCGUACCUCCACCACCGGAGCCAAUCAUGCCAUCGCAGUUCACCGUUCACCUAUACAACCCGGACCAAGAGAUUAUAGUACGUCAUAAGCCCAAGACGUGGAAUUCGCAGCCGUCGUGGGAGUUCGAGAUGCCCCAACAGUCUUUCAAACAACCUUCAAAUUCUACCUUAGAUCAGGUACAAUCAGGCCCGGCCGCAUCGGACGUGACGCCUAAGCUCAAGUUUGUAUGGAGAAAGGAUGGAUCACUAUCAAAGGAUUUUGCAUGUUACUUGUCUGGGAAGACUACCACUCCUGACGGUCGGAAGAAGAACAACAAGGAGCCAGAUAUUACUAUUUCCAUACUCAAAGGAUUACGGGAGAUCACCCUUUACGAGCCGAAUCUAUACCGGGUAGAAAUGGAAGAUUUCAAAGGUCUAGAGGUUGUAUUGAUGCUGGGUGCUGUCGUUAUCCGAGAUGUGUUUUUCGCUCCGCUCAAAGAUGCAUUCAAUGUCUUCAAUUCGCCUACCUCAUCUGGGGUUAAUUUGGCGACGGCAGAGGUACCUGUCAUUCCAAACAAUAAUACUAGAAAACCUGCAGCAGCCGCGAGUGCAAUCAGUAUUCCACCUCGACAGCCCACUGCCACGAUACCACUACGCGACACUAGGCCACUGCAAAGUCAACAAAAUUUGGACCCUCGAACAAAGUGGGAGAUGGACGCCGAAAACGCUCGGAUCAAACAGCAUGAGGACAUUGCAAGAAGAGAAAGACGUCGCAAAGCCGAGGAAGAGGAACGCAGAACGAAAAAACUGCUCGAAGCCGAGCAAAAAGCACAACGCAAGAAACAAGCCGAAGUCGACAAAGAGACGGAACGAUUAAAGAAAAUGUAUGGAAAGGAAGAUGAGAAGAGUCGUCAGCAGAAACCGAAUCAACCAAGCCAUGCUCAUCAUCACUCUGCUGGUCCGGCUAUUAGGGUAUCUUCACAUAAUGCAGCCAGCACGGCCAGGCCCAUACAUGCAGCCAUCGACGGCACAUCACUCUUCCAUCAGUUUGCGUCCAUCGCAGCCGCAUCCUCGACCUCAAUCUUCAAUGUCCUAUCUCGGGGUCCCACAACCACGUCCAACAGCUUCAGCCCAAGAAAUCCCACGAUUGAGGGAGCGAAGAAGCAUAUUCAACUUUUUGAAGUCGUCAGAUGGCGAAUCGAAUCGAUUAAUAUUUUCGUCUACAUCAUAACAAUCUGUAUAUACCGACUCUUUUUCCACCCCUUCGCCCACAUCCCCGGCCCAUUCUUUGCAAGGCUCACAGACGCCUACGGCCUCUACCACGCCUGGCGCCAGGAUACUCAUCUCGCCAUUCACAGUCUCCAUCUCACUUACGGCUCCGUUGUCCGCUAUGGACCAAGCCGGAUCCUCGUCAAUGAUGUCCAGGGCAUGAAAGAGAUAUAUGGCUAUAAUGCGAACUUUGCGAAAGGAAAAGCCUAUGAAGUAAUGAGAUUCAAUCCGGUGCAGAGCGUGUUUAACGCUACGGAUAAGCACAUGCAUCGUAGGAAGAGGAGGCUUGUCGGGCAGGGGUUUUCGGAGGCGGCAUUGAGGGCGAGUGAGGAUUGUGUUUUGAGGCAUGUUGAUUUGUUUGUUGGGUGUUUACUUGAUGCUGCUCCUUCUCAGGAUGACAAUUACGGGUGGGGGUCCGCCAAAGAUGUGUCGAUUAACGCAAACUAUCUAGCUCUAGACAUUAUCACAGACCUCGUAUUUGGCAAAUCCACCGAUGCCCUCAGCAAACCCGACAAUCGAAAAUACAGACCAAUGCUAAUAUCAACCGGUCACCGAAUGGCAAUGGCCAUUCAAAUGCCCCAGGCCUUCCGCGCAGGUAAAUCUGGGCAAUGGCUUGAUCUCGGGACGUGGAUAUUGAAAAAUGCAGACGAUAAACGAGCGCAAUGGGCUGGUAUGCUUCGAGGCUGGGUCAUGGAACGAAUCAAAUCAGAAAUGGCUGCUGCUGUGGAGGAGUCCGAACGGCGAGAUAUCAUGUCCACCAUUAUUAAUGCCACAGAUCCAGAUACGGGUGAAAAACUUUCUCCGCAAGAGAUUGGUGCCGAAGCAUUCACUCUGGUCUCUGCUGGAGCUGAUACCACUGCAACAGCUAUUUCAGCGACGGUGUGGUACCUAUCUCGAAACCCGUCUGCGUACAACCGACUCGUCGCAGAAAUCAGGUCACGAUUCUCAUCCGUGCAAGAAAUUCGUGCGGGACCAACGCUCAAUUCCUCACCUUUGUACCGCGAAGCAGGGCGCGGCGGCGCGGUGGUCUACGGCGUCUAUGUGCCAGAGGGAUAUGAAGCUGCCUGUCAAGGAUAUGCUCUACACCAUAACGAGAAGUACUACCCAAACCCGUUUUCCUAUUACCCAGAACGGUGGCUUGACCACGAUAGCCCCGUGGCAGCAGAUGCAAAGACAGCCUUCUUUGCGUUCUCAUACGGCGUCAGAAACUGCGCCGGCAUCAAUCUGGCAUAUCUGGAAAUCAAUCUUGCAAUUGCCAGGUUGAUAUGGUCUGCCGAAUUUCGGGCCCCUUCUCACCCUUCUAAUCUAGCUAAAGUUGGUGGCGGUGAUCCAAAUGCCAAGGAGCCUCUACGGAGGAGAGAAGAUGAGUAUCAGUUGUAUGAUAUAUUUGCGUCGGAAAAGGAAGGGCCGAUGCUGGAAUUCAGACGACGUUAG